CUCAACGACGCAAGGCAAAUGUACCGAAUGUCGCUGAGUGGGCGUCGAGAGCAUGCACGCCAUGAUCGGAAAGAAUUAUGCAAAGAUCCGCAGAAGGUGUGAAUCUCAAGCCCGAGGAAUCGCCAGACGUCGUCAACUUGGACACCAGUGCUUUCGUCGCCCUCUGCUCUGAGGUGACAAAUGAAAGAUGCGUCGGCGGGCGCUGGAAUGUUUUGCUUGUUCCUUGUUUGCAGAUGACACACUCUCAAGCGAGGGCAACGGCAUGUCUGUCGCCCCGCCAACAGGCAAGCAGUCCACCUGAUACGUCUGUCAUCACAAAAUCAUUCGUUCAUUCGUUCAUUCGUUCAUUCGUUCAUUCGUUCAUUCAUUCAUUCAUUUGUGUUUGUUAUGUGUCUGUCACCGCUGAUCUCAUCCAUCAGGAUCUCCGUGCCUCGCAGGUCGGCGAUGAACAGUCGGAUCCAGGAAAAUGCAGGCGCAUUCUCGCGGUAAGAAAAUUUCACCAACCUUUGCAUAUGCGUGGAUUCUCUGGCUGGAGGUUCUCUGGUGUGCUGGUGCAGCGGCACCUGAGUGAAUGCCGGUCAGCAAGGGAAGAUGCAGCGGCGCCUCGCCGUCUGUGCAGUGUUCGCUUCGUCGUGACUGACGUCGUGCUGCGGGAGCUCAAGGCCAUCUUGCCACUGGUAUGUGAUCGAGGAUGCAGAAGACCGUUAUGGCCAUUGGAUUGCCUUAUGUUCUUUCAGGCAGGUGUGAACGAGCUGUGUCGUGCUUCUCACAUCCUCUCUGCUGCGGAGCCAUGCAAAACGGCAAAUGUCGCGCCCAAUGAUGAAGAUGGCGGAGGCGCUUCUCCCUGUCCACAAAGCACAGGCCACGUUGGCGAGAAAUCAGCCUUCCUCUACGGCACCGUAGAGCAGCUGAGGGCAGCACUGGAGCGAAGGGCAGCCGAGAGAAGCAUGCGGUGGUGCUGCCCGCUCGACUUGCAGUUGACCCAGAAGGUCCGCCUGAGGCAUUUGCGGGUGUUUGCUCCAUCUUUCGCAAGUAAGCGACACAAGCAUGACAGUCUUCUGCCUGUCUGUUAUGUGUGGGCUGCUGUGUGUUGUGUGUGUGCUGUCCUGUCAGGUGACCACAGCUGGCCGACUCUUACGUCUGAUGUAUCUUUCCUUCGUGCGUGUGCUGAUCAGCUGCCCCUGGUCAGGUGCGAGGGUGAUGAAUCGUGUGGUGAUGUGUGGGUUGAUGGACGGGAGGGUGAGAGGAGGAUAGUUGCACUGACGCACCCGCCCAGAUCGCUUGUGGGGCUAUGACCCUGGUUGUUGACAGAUAGGUGGCAUACGUCGGUCAAUUGGAUGUGGUACCUGCGUUGAUGUGUCCGGGAAAGUGUACACGAGCUCUGAGACAAUCGAUGGGCGAGACGAGACACACACAGAUUGUGCUGUGACUGUGCGUGAUGGAUGGGUAUGAAUAUUUAUGUGUAUCAUGUGCCACAGUAAAGGUGAACGGGUGAAGAGGCUUUGCAGCGAAG